AUGCGCUCUUGGGCUUUUCUCUCUCCUUCAGACCGGCUCCUCAAAGCCCGUCAAGCCAACACCGUCGCUCAAGCCUCUCCCACCGCUCAGACCAAUACCGUCGCUCAAGCCUCGCCCACCGCUCAAGCUUCCGCCAUCGCUCAAGUCGCACUCCUCGACCAUGACAUCAACGAUCCCAACGGUGGCCGUACUCAAAUCCUCUUCUUCACCGACGGCCAACUCAUGAACAUCCCCGACCUCAAUCGCGACUUCGGCGGCAUCCGAUCUGUGGAGGUCAUCCCUGAGGGAGCCGAGCAGUUCAACAGGCAGAACGCCAGAUGCGUCUUCGGCAGCUCCCAGUUCGGUGGCGUAUCGGAUGGCUUGGAUCCGAACGGACCAGGACUUUGCGUGAGCUCAAAUGAUGCUGCGGACGAAGGCGAGUUGAGCGAGAAUGGGCUCAAUGGCUGA